AUGGACCGGCCCUUGGAGGAUGUGAUCUCGGAACGACAGAGAAGAGGCAACCGUGGAGGGCGAGGUCGGCGCCAGAAUAAUUGGCCGCGCGACGAUGCAAGAAAGUACAACAAUAAAGCAGACACUACAGAUAUCGAUUCAGAUUGGGUCCACGACAGGUUCAAAGAGGACGAAGAAGAACUGCCCACACGACAACCAUACCGCCAACCACGCAAUACUCGAAUAGACCGAUACUCGCCCGAGCCCGACAACUCCUCUACCGGUGCCAAACUCCGUGUUGAUAACCUACACUACGACCUUACAGAAGACGAUCUCGAAGAUCUAUUCACCCGUAUCGCCCCUGUCACGUCUCUGUCUCUUCGAUUCGACCGCGCCGGCCGUUCUUCCGGCACAGCCUUUGUCACGUAUGCCUCCACUUCUUCGGCAAAUCGCGCUAUACGCGAAUUCGACGGCGCAAAUGCAGCUGGCCAACCAAUUCGUCUUACGCUGCUUCCUACAGCACCAAGCGUUGACUCAAUACGCGGUAGAGCUACGGCCGGCCGCAACCCCUUUGAUACUGCUGUCAAGCCUAGCAGGAGUCUGUUUGACAGAGUAGAGAUGCCUGGAGCUGGGAGACACGGUGGUGGAAGGAGUAGGUCUAGAAGCCCUGACGCUCCGCGGAGGACAGAUACGUCGAAGCCGCCGCCUGAUGGUGUCGACCGAUACAUCCCCCCAGCGGGUGGUAGCAGACGGAGGAGAAGCAGGACCAGAAGCUCCCGCCGUAGGAGUCCAAUUGGUAGGGCGAGAAGCCUGAUCCAUGGUCGAGGCGGAAGGAGCAGAGGGGAGGAGAGGGAGAGGGGAUCGCGGAUGGCCAAUGGGCGGCCGAGGAAGACGCAAGAGGAACUGGAUCGGGAGAUGGAAGAUUACUGGGGGUCAAAAGCUGAAGAAAAUGGGGCUGUGAAUGGGGAUGCAAAUGGGGGGAAAAAAGAAGAGAUGGCGGCACCGGCCGUGGUGGAUGAUGAUGAUAUUGACAUGAUUCUUUGA